AUGGGCAAGAAGAAGCGCGGACACCCGGACGUAGAGGAGAUACUCUCGCGACCAUGGUGCUAUUACUGCGAGCGAGACUUUGAGGAUCUCAAACUGCUCAUCUCCCAUCAGAAGGCGAAACACUUCAAAUGCGACCGCUGCGGACGACGACUCAACACAGCAGGAGGUCUCUCCGUCCACCUUAACCAAGUCCACAAGGAAAACCUCGAGUACGUGGAGAACGCACUGCCGAACAGACAGGGUCUCGAGGUCGAAAUCUUCGGCAUGGAGGGCAUACCGCACGAGGUCCUUGAGACGCAUCGCAACCGCCUGGUGCAGAACUUCUAUCAGGCUCAGGAGGAUAGGAGAUUGGCUACCGGGAAUCCCCUGCCAGGCCAGGCGAAGCACCAGAGGAAGAAGAUCAAGAUAGAGACGGAAGAGGAGCUCAAGAAAAGGCUCGCUGAAUGGAGGGCAAAGAGACAUGAGGCCCCUCCUACAGAGGCACAAGCUCCCUACACCUUUGCGGCCGAAUCGAUCCCCGCCCGACCGCAGAGUUUUGCCGAAACAACGGGUCUGCCGCAGCGCCCUGGUGGUCACGCACCGCCCGUGCAUGAGACUGAAACUGCCAGACCGGCAGGCACGAAGAAGGACAAGGAUAAGAAGGGGAGGAUGUUCUACGACGAUGUGGAUACGAGCCCCGAGGAACGCAUGGCGGCGCUGCCUCGGUAUGCCAUCGCUGCCUAG